AUGGCAACAGCUACUUCGACUUCGGCUUCGGCUUCUUUAACCCAAGCUGCUCGAUUUGGAUAUUCUCCUUCUCCUUCCACAAGAUUUAGUAACAAUUGUAAUUAUAAUAUACGAAAUGGAACUGUAGGUGUAAAUAGUAAUUGGAAAACCCACGGCAUUAAAGCUCAAGCAAUGAAUACUGCCACUCAAGGAAAUUUUUCAUCACCCAAAGGCGCCAUGAAUGAGAAAAAUGAACAUGAUCAUCUUCUUGUUCUUGUACAUGGCAUUUUGGCUAGUCAUCAGAGGCAUAUGGUCAAGGAUGGAGACUUGUCUGAAAAACUGAAAUCUUAUAUUUCAACUAAUGACUUAUCAAGUUCAUGUAAUACCUACACAAAAACAUUUUAUGGGAUUGAUGGAGCAGGAAAGCGACUUGCAGAUGAAGUUAUGCAAGUUGUGCAGAAAAGAGAGAACCUCAAAAGGAUUUCCUUUUUAGCCCAUUCUCUUGGUGGCUUGUUUGCAAGAUAUGCUAUUUCUGCCCUUUAUUCAGAAAAUGCUGUAAAUACUGAUCCAUCCAUUGAUGUGGCUGCUGAUACUAUGCUGCCAAAUUCAAAAGCAGCCUGUUCUUCAAGACGAGGUAUGAUUGCUGGGUUGGAACCAGUUAAUUUUAUUACCUUGGCAACUCCACAUCUUGGGGUGAGGGGAAGAAAGCAGCUUCCGUUUCUCUUGGGUAUUCCCAUCUUAGAGAAACUUGCUCCCCCAAUAGCUCCUAUUUUCGUGGGUCGAACUGGCAGUCAACUGUUUCUCACUGAUGGUAAACCUAACAAACCACCUCUUCUUCUGAGAAUGGCAUCGGAUUGUGAAGAUGGAAAAUUUUUAUCUGCCCUUGGUGCAUUUAGCUGUCGCAUUAUUUAUGCUAAUGUAUCUUAUGAUCAUAUGGUCGGUUGGCGUACAUCUUCCAUAAGGAGAGAGAUGGAACUUGUCACGCCACCUCUGCGAUCCUUGGAUGGUUACAAGCAUGUUGUAGAUGUUGAGUAUUGUCCACCAGUUUCUUCUGAUGGCCCCCAUUUUCCUCCAGAAGCUGCCAAAGCAAAGGAGGCAGCUCAGAACGAACCGAGCACGAAAAAUACAGUAGAGUACCAUGAAAUCGUGGAAGAGGAAAUGAUAAGUGGUUUACAGAGGCUGGGAUGGAAAAAAGUUGAUGUGAAAAAUGAAUGGUUUCAUAAUGCUGGCACUGGAGUGAUUGCUCAUGUUGCAGACAGCCUAAAGCAACAAGAAUCCUCCAUAUAUGUUGCUGCUAGCUUGUAG